CAGCGUGAAUGGCAAGAGAGCGAAUCUUUGUGUUGAUAUUAGUCUUUUGUACGAGAUCUGUCGUUAUUCAUAAGAGGCUAGGCUACGGUGUCUGCUGAUGUGGAAUAAAAUCUAGAAGGACCUGGCUAGUGUCACGCGUACCAUAAGUGUAAUUGCCUGAUAUUUGUACUAGUUAUUCUUGGGAAAACGGUCUAGACGACUACUCUGUUCAGCACCCUAAGGCUGCGGCUGGGAUGGUAGUAAUAAUGUUAGGGGCAUAGAAUGCAGUGAUAUUGGUUUGUGCUCUCGUGCAGACUGUCUUGAUUUUUCACAGAAACUUUUGUUAAAGCGUGAUCAAUAUACAAUUGUACGUAUUCCGUAAUUCGCUACGUCACAAUGGCGAGAUUGGUCUUCAUUUGCCUGGCAUGUUACCUUUGGAUCCUAUUUCCCUCCACGGAAUCUACACUGUCGUCGGCUGUGAAGGACGCAGAUGAGUCUAAGUCUACCCUGCAGGCUUCAAUAGACUUUCUAAUUCCUUCAGAGGCUUUCAAGCUAUCGCCUGAAAUGAAGAAGAAAUUGAACAAAAAGAAAUUGCUCAUCAAAACCGAAGCUGCGAAGUACAUAGCUCUGAAGCUGGCAAAGCUACUAGAGGUUGCCGCAGCCGUAGAAUGGGGCUCUCUUUUGAAGAGCCAAGCAAUGCACCUGGCAACAAAAUCCUACAAUUUGUUCCCUGACCAGACGGCGGCCGCCAUCCAAUGGGCAUUCCACACGCCUAACCGCGACUCCUACUACAAAGUGUUCGGCAAGUCGCAGCUGCCCAACAGUUUCUUCUGCCCUAGACAAGCGAACGAGACGUUGGCCUGCGCCAUCAAGAUUGCUGGAAGUUCCUUCUCGAACAUAUUCAGCUUCUUCCUAUGAUGGGACGAUAAUAUCAGUUGAACGAUGUAGAACAGCUUUAAAAUAAAAAUUUGCACAAUA